UUGAUUAAAUCGAUAAACCGACUUCGUCACAAAGCAAAAGUGUCAUGGCGGAGUUAAAUGAAAACGCUCGUGAUAAGGACAAAUCGUUGGCAAAAAACAGUAGAACCGGGGACGCUGAAAACAUGAAAACACAGAUUCACAAGCCCUGUUCCCAGGGUAAGCAAGACACAGCCACCGCGGUUACUACCACGGAGUACUGCGAAAAAUUACAGGAGUGGAUGUGGCAGUACUACUACAGCUAUAUGAACUGGCAGAGCUGGAUAGCCAUGUCUGCGUUUUCCUUCCCACCGUGUUUCCCAACACAAGGAACAAAUGAAACGCCCGGGGCGACGACAUGGGGUGCAGAUAUGUCUAACGGAGACCUUCGCAAUUGGUUUAGCAGCCCGUUUGGUUUUCCUGCUGCAGCUGCGAACGCGAGCGGACAGAGUUCUCGAGCUCCCGCCACAGCACCUGCGCAGCUGCCACAACAACUACAGCAGCAACUGCAGCCUAAUGGAAAUGCGCAGCAGCCAGGUAGGGAAUAUUAUAUUCCCUCUCCUUUCCAACGGUUCUUGGCAGAAAUGGUGGAUUUCUUUAUUCUUUUUUUCAUUAAAGCUACAAUCAUCCUCAGUAUUGUCCACUUGAGUGGAAUGAAGGACAUCUCAAAGUUUGCCAUGCACUUCAUUGUAGAGGAGAUUGAUGAGGACACAUCAAUGGAGGAAUUGCAGAAAAUGAUGCUUGUGGCUCUAGUGUACAGGAUAUUAGUUUGCUUUUAUGAGAUCAUAUGCAUUUGGGGAGCUGGUGGAGCGACACCAGGGAAGUUCCUCAUUGGCUUACGAGUGGUCACAUGUGACAACUCUGUCCUGGUUCAGCCAAACCGCGUUCUUGUGGUACCAGCGACUAACGUCACGCUUUCUGCGUCAACGGUGAGAGCGUUAAACAAGAACUUCUCCAUAGCUUUCUUCUUUCCGGCGUUCAUCACGCUUCUUUUCUUUCAGCACAACAGGACUGUGUAUGACAUUGUGGCUGGCACCAUUGUGGUCAAGAGAAACCGGCUUAGAUGACUUUGUCAUUGAAGUCAAUACCAACCCGACAUUGUAAUGCAAAAACAAGCUCAUAGACAAAUGAGAGAGAACCAGCUGCAGUGACACAUACUGAACUGAACUAAAGCUAUUGGCCUCUCGAAGAACUGUCACUUUAAGAUCUGAACACUGAAUUUCCAGUAAUUCUCACCCAUCUUCUUUGGACACUUAGUCUUAUAAGCAUGAACUGCUUUCUCAGAAGUAUUUUUUAAUCAUCUGCGUUGACAUCUUUGAAUAUUUUUCUUGUGCCAAAAUAAGAUAAUUUAUAAAUGCGCUGCCUCACAAUACUUGAACUUCCUCUGGUACAUGCAUUUAAUCUCUAUCUCUCUCUGUUAAUGAAUGUGGAUUAUUGAUCAGAAUAUUUACUAAGAACAUUCUUUCUCCAAAGACAAUAUAGUUUGGUUAUAUAUCCUAAUCUACUGACUGGAUUUGUAUUUCAGAUGAAUGUUUUGUACCUAAUUAGCUAUACUUUAUGGCCUAUUAAAAUCUUGAAAAUGCCAGGAAUUUUUUUUUUAGCUGUUUUGCAUACUAAUUUUCACUGCAUGUCUUUUUCAACUCCAAGUUCUGCACUAUUAUAAGCUUCUGAGUUGAGCAGUUCAACUUUACGUUGCCUCAUUCUUUAUCAGUUUGUUUUUCCUUUUGGAUUGUUUAGAUA